GUUGUUUGCAAUUUUUGAUAAAUGUCAUUUUGAGUCGGUUGUCAAAUUAUUGUUUAGCGUAAAAGUAUUUGUGAUUGAAAUAAAUCUGUAAAUAUUACAGGAAUAGUAAGAUAUUAAAGUGUUAAAAACUAUAUGUGUGAAGUGAAUUAACUAAUAGUAUAUGUUGAUUGUAAUAUUUUUUUAGUAGGUCAAUCGAAACUUCUUUAAAUUGGUUACCGGUUCUUCAUGUGUAGUGUUUGGUUUGAAGAUUUGAGUAUUAUUUUAUAACGGCGGGAGUGAGCUGAUAUGGCAGAUAAUGACGAUUAUUUAGACUCGAUUGACAACAAUCAUUCGGACGGACCCAACGGUUCAGUAAAUAUGACCGACAAUAACCUGGGCGAUGAAGCUUCAAGCACUGUUCCGGACCUGGCUGCCAUUAAGGCACGAGUUAAGGAGAUGGAAGAGGAGGCUGAGAAAUUAAAGCAGAUGCACACUGAAGUUGAUAAAAAAAUGAGCAUGGGGAGCCCACCUGGACUUACAAGUCCACUGAACAUGUCAAUAGAGGAGAAAAUGGAGGUAGACAACAGAUCAGUGUAUGUUGGCAACGUAGACUAUGGUGCCAAUGCUGAAGAGCUUGAGCAGCACUUUCAUGGAUGUGGCUCCAUAAAUAGGGUUACAAUAUUAUGCAAUAAGUUUGAUGGGCAUCCUAAAGGUUUUGCCUACAUAGAGUUUCUAGACAAAGACAGUGUUCAGACAGCAAUGGCUAUGGAUGAGUCUUUGUUUCGGGGUCGGCAAAUUAAGGUUAUGCCGAAGCGCACCAACAAGCCAGGGUUGUCGUCCACCAAUCGUCCUCCACGCGGUUCCCGAGGCCGCGGCCGCUCGCAGCGCUACUCGCCCUACUUCUCCGGCUACCGGCCGAUGCGCCGCGGCAGAAUUAGGCGCGGCGGUUAUUGGUCGCCGUUCUGAGUGCGGUAGAGGGGGUACGGCCCCCGCUCGCGCCGCGCGAUUUUUGAGUGGAAGUGAGCGGUGUAGUUAAGUUUAGUGCGAUAAAUCGACUCGUUUACCUCGAAGCUCGCUUCGUGCCGUUCCGCUCGAACGUCUGGUGUGCGUCUUAAAGUAACGAAAAUCAUGGUGUUGUACAUUGGAUAAUUUAAUAUGCUCUCUUUCUGUACGCGUCACGAACAUUUUUGAGAUUGUUACUGCGCGUGUACUGAACGUCUAGUGUAAGUUUACAAGUGACCUAAACUCACAUUGGAGCUGACGUAGAUCCGUACUCUGUGUGGACAGCGAAAUAAAAUAUUUUUUCAUCUCCUUACUGAAUUGCCUGAUGUAAGUAAUCUUAAAUUCUAAACUAAACGUAUAUUCGGGUUGACAAACGUAACAUGACAUCGUUUGUUAAUUUGAUUACUUACGUUAAGUGUCCCGCACACAUGCCACCGGCCACAACCACAAAACGCCGUCACCAUAUUUUCUGUAGUCGCCGCACACGGUUGACGACGGUGGUCGCCACACUCUACAUUGCUGCUGCUCACUACAGAAAAUGUGCCGGUGGCGGUGUUUUAUGGUAAUGGCCAGUGGUCAGUGUGUGGGGAAUAAACCUGAAAUUUAACUACUUAACACUAAACUGUUGAAAUAGCUUUUCUCCGGCGUCUCGGUUUUUUUACUUGAAAACUGACACUAGGUGGCAGUGGUAAUCUGUAGAAAAAUUCUAAUUUCUUCUGUUAGAGUUGGCGUGAGCGGGCGGAAUUGUAUUAAUGGAUUGCGUGGAUGGUAACGAAUUUUUCAGUGACUAAAGUACACCCAUCGGACGCACUGGGGACCGCUGAGCUGACCCAUGUGGCUAAAGCUGCUAAUUUCAAUAGCACUUUUAGAUUCAAGGUCAACCCUACUAUUCAAAAACUUAUCUGACAGUUGCUUUUCGGUGCAUGCCAUUUCCCAUACACAAUUUAAGAUGAGUUUGCCAUCACUGUCAAAUAUUGUGUUUUGUAAUAGUAGUCCGGGAUGGCAACUGAGAAGAUACUGACUUGCGGAGAUGAACUUGAUCUCUCGACUAAAUUGGCGAUUCGCGUUUUACUAAUACUGUAGAUGGGUAAUGUUUAGCUUGUAAGAAUAAAGUCCGCAUUUGUUAAUAGAACAUGAAAAGUUAUAAAGAAAAUACACAGACUGCGAUACAAAAUGCGAUAUAGUACUUUAAAGUAUGUACAUGAGUCCAUUUGUAUAGAUUAUAGGUACUGCAUAAAUUGAGGUCGAAAAUAUGUACACCCUAAUUAAAACUCUUUUUGCGAGUAGAAACCUUAUGUAGGUACCUACUACGUUCAUGAGCCCACGUCACAAAGCAAGUAAACAACACUUUGCAUAGGCAGGAGAUAAGAAUUAUAUCCCCGUUUAUUAUAAUAUUAUCUUGAUUGUAUUAUCUGUCUUUAGAAAAAUUACCUUCCCAUGUAUUCUGUCAAUGAGACAGAUCUUUUGAUUCCACUUUGUCUUUGCUAAAACUUAAAAUUUAAAGGGCUAAGUUAUGUAAAGUUAAUCAUCCUAAGU